GCCCAAAGAAUUGGAAUGGCCCAAUACACACCUGAUUCACCUUCUCCGCUAUCACCAGUUUCCCCCUCCAACAGUAGAAAAAGCGAAACUUCACCUUUUGUCUCCUCCGACGAUAAAACCAUUAAAAUGGAAGGUUCCGAAGGCUGCCACCACCACCAUCACAAUCACAAUCAGUCCCCGCCGAAGUCUCCAGCACCACCAUCACAAUCAUCAUGCACUAACUCAACUUGCAUAAAUUGCGGAGGUCCAACUGCCUACCCUCCACCACCACACCAGCAAACUCCAUUUCCUUCAAUGUCGCCGCCCCCAGCAUAUCGUCCGAUCCGAUCUCCGGCGAUAAACCUCCCUCCUAACAACAAUAUACAGCAAGCUAUAAUCCUCGCACCUGUCCCUCAGUCCCAAAAAGUACUUCCCAUUUCCCCUCCUUACCACUUUCAAACCCCAAUUAAACACAUUCAAUCUCCCGACGAUAUCCGACGCUUCCACAGCUCCACCUCCGGUCAGAAUUUCCUCGGCUUCGUCGUCGCCCUCUCCGAAUCCAUCCGCGGCUGCAAAAUCUCCGACCCCUUCCACGAAUCAGUCACCGUCGCAACCCUAACUUUCAUCCUCCAAACCCUUAUUAAUUGGAUAGAAGAAAUCCCUCCCGUCCAGCAAUCCGCUCGUUACGGCAACAUUUCCUACCGCACCUGGCACAACCGUCUUGAACAAAACAGCGAGUCACUAAUGCUACAGUUUUUGCCCGAUCAUCUUAAACAAUCAACGGUCGAGAUUAUUCCUUAUUUUACUGAUAGUUUUGGGAAUUCUAGUCGAAUUGAUUACGGGACUGGCCACGAAACUAAUUUCGCUGCUUUUUUAUAUUGUUUAGCUAGAAUGGAGUUAAUUAAAGAACAGGAUUAUCAAGCUGUGGUGGGUAGGGUUUUUGUUAAGUAUAUUGAGUUAAUGAGGAAAUUGCAGUUGGUUUAUUCCUUAGAGCCUGCGGGUUCUCAUGGUGUUUGGGGUUUGGAUGAUUACCAUUUCCUGCCAUUUAUAUUUGGUUCUUCGCAGUUGAUUGAUCACAAGUAUAUGAAACCUAAGUCUAUUCAUAAUGAGGAUAUUUUGGAGAAUUUUUCGGAUGAGUAUAUGUAUCUUUCGGGUAUUGUCUUUAUUAAGAAGGUUAAAAAAGGUUUGUUUGCCGAGCAUUCUCCAUUGUUGGAUGAUAUAAGUGGUGUUCCCAAUUGGAAGAAGGUUAAUAGUGGUUUGCUUAAGAUGUAUAAAGCUGAAGUUUUGGAGAAAGUUCCUAUUAUGCAGCAUUUUCUGUUUGGGUGGCUCAUCAAGUGGGAGUAGUGUAUGGUUAUCAGCUUUGUAGGAUCAUAUGCUACAAAAUCAAGAGAAGCGUUUCUUGUUUGUUUUUGCACAGUACAAUUAUAAUUGAUCAUCAUCACUGGAAUAGAAAUAUGAUAAAUUUUGUACUGUGAAUUCACUUGAGGUUCCUCGCUCCCCAUUGUUUUUAUCUUAUCAUGCUACUUUGAAUGGCGAAUGCAGAUGCAGCUCCUGCUUUUUUUGCUAACAACUCAAACUCACAGCAGUAAACAAUUAUAUUGAGUUCUAUUUUCUUGCUA